AUGUAUGUGAAAUGGUUUGAUACAGGAAUGUUAUACGAUGUGAUUUUAGUGUAUUAUGUGUAUCUACAAUUUUGACAUUUUUGAAUCUCCCGCCAGUUCUGUCCCCCGUAUAUCCCAACGUCGCAGGGACCAGGAACCCAGAAGACAGAUGCCGGCAUCGGCUGGAGGAGAUGGCCGGGGACACUGCAGGGGGGACAUCGCGGGGGAGCGCAGGACAAGGUAAGUGAAGAAGAGAUCCCAGAGCAACGCUGCAGUGUAUUCCCGAGUGUAGCUCGGGGGGGUUACCGCUUGUGGUACUGAAAGUUAUCCCCGAGCUACACUCGGGAACACCGCCAGUUGCUGAAAAACGUUCUCAUUUAAC